AUGAGCAAUAAGUCGAUUGUCGUAAUAAUACUCUUAGUGUCAAUACUGAUCGACUUUUCCGACGGUGUUGUGAAACGAUGUUUCAGUUGCCGUUCCCGCGGAGAUUUAGGAAGCUGUAAGGAUCGAUUUAAGUACACCAACCUCACACAGGUCAGCUUAGAAUCCGGUAUAGGAGUGGAAGCUGUGCCGUGUGCCUCGGGAUGGUGUGGGAAAAUAAUUGAGACACGAAAUUCUGAUGCCAAAGAACAAGAAUUCGAUACGGCAACACAAAGGACGUGUUUGCAGAGAGGACCUUCAGAUGGAGAAGAACGUUGCGAUGACACCAUGUGGGAGUAUAAAAAAGUUUUUAUGUGUUUUUGUCACGGCGACCUCUGUAACAAUGCACCACCAGCUUCGAAAAGUUAUAACUUCUAUCUUCUUACAUUAACUCUUGGUAUCCCUAUUAUACUUACUCAGUUACUCAUUUCAUAG